AUGGUUUCUACAGCAGAUCAAGGUACCGAGUCAAGGACUGAAGAAGUGUUUGGGGAUGAUAACAGUAGCAUCAAUUCUGCAAUUUUCGAAAUUUUGCCAGAGAACAUCCCCAACACAAUCAUCACAAAGGCUCCAGAAGAACGCUUUCGAUUGGGUUACUGGUCUGUCAUUGCACUUGUUGUCAACAGAGUCAUAGGAACGGGUAUAUUCAACUCGCCUGCCACUGUCAUCCGCGGAACCGGGAGUGUUGGCAUCACUCUCCUCUUCUGGCUUGCUGGUGCUAUAUACACCAUUUCAGGAGCCUACCUGAAUAUUGAAUUUGGUCUAAGCACACCCCGCCAUAAGUUUGAAGGUGUUGAACAAGGCAUUCCGCGAAGUGGUGGGACACUGAACUACCUACAAUAUGUUUUCACAUGGCCAGCAUACCGACAAAGAACUGUCCUAUUCGUCACCUGCAUCUUUGCAGCUGCAUACAUAAUCUUGGGGAAUAUGGCGGGAAAUUGCUUGAUUUUCGGCAUUCGAACCCUCGAAGCAGCAAACGUUGAAGUUACAAAUAGCGCCGUGAGAGGUCUCGCAGUUGCAGCUGCAACAUUUGCCUGUCUGAUCCACGCUCUUUCACGUCGAGGAGGCAUAUGGCUUGGUAAUAUGUUUGCAGCUAUUAAAGUCAUGAUGCUACUCUUGAUCAUCAUAACGGGUAUCUGCGCAUGGGCCGGUGCCUUCGACACGAAAAGUUAUGCCGUUGAUAACAUGGCUGUCGACAAUGCUUUCAACAACCCCGCAGACGAAGCAUAUGGCUAUACCAAGACAUUUCUAGCUGUCAUUUUUGCAUGGAGUGGAUUUGACCAACCAAAUUAUGUUCUUGGCGAAAUCCGCCGACCACGAAAGACCAUGCCCAUCGGGACUUCGAUUGGUGUUGCGAUAGUCUGUUGUCUGUACUUACUUGUCAACGUUGCAUAUAUGGUGGUUGUGCCCAAAAUAGAACAGGUCAAUCCCAAGGCCAAUGUGGCACUGUUGUUUUUCCAAAUGACAUUUGGCGCCAUUUCCGACGACAAGAAACUACCUGGAAGGGUUCUCGCCGCAUUCAUGGCAGUUUCCAGCUUCGGCAACAUCGUCGUUAUGACCUUCACUGCUGCCCGAGUAAAGCAAGAAAUCGCUAAAGAAGGUAUCCUUCCAUGGGCAAAAUUCUUCGGCCAGACGAAGAAUCUGUCCUUCGGUCGCCUCCUCACUUGGAUCCAAAACGACAAACAUUCAUUCAUCAACCGAAAAUUCCACUGGCUGCUCAACAAACCCUGGCUCGAUCCCCGAGAGCACUCUCAAGAAACGCCCUUCGGCGCACUAUUUCUCCACUGGUCAUUCACAAUCAUCAUGAUCCUAGCAACCAUCAAGCUGCAUCCCACCGACGCGUACGGAUUCCUGGUCGAUGUCUACUCCUACACCAUUGUCGCAGUCUUCGGUUUCGCCAUCUCGGUGGGUAUGCUCAAACUCCGCUUCAGCAGCCGCGCUCGCUGGCGCCAGAAAUCCACUUUCAACCCUUUCUUUAGCAUCACCGCCGCCUUCCUAUUCGGCAUCGGCAGCGCCUAUCCAAUCAUCGCCUCCUGGGUUCCACCAAGUGGCAAGUUCGCUGCAGCCAAGAAGGUUGUUGUGGCGUGGUACACGACACCGACUGUUGCGUGGACGAUUCUGGGGUUCGGCAUGUUGUGGUAUGUGGGGUUCAAUUUGUAUGCUAUGAGGAGGGCGAGGAAGGAUGGGGUGGAGUUCCAGGUUCAGAAGGUGCCGGAGUUUGAUAGGGAUCCGCAGCCUAAUGGGCCGCCGAUUCAGGUGCAUGAGAAGGUUUAUUUGGCUUGGGUGGGGCAGGAGUUUAGUCAUAUGCCGCAGAUGGAGGAGGAGAGAAGUAUGAGUCGGCAAAGCUUUUAAGGUAUUGUUGGAUAUCUGUCAUCGUGUCCCAUCUUGGUCUUGUGGGGGUUUGAGAAGAUGACUAGGAGUGUAAAGCAAGCAAUUUCCAUGCUAAGGUUGAAAUCUGUAGUGGC